AUGGUCACAUUUGAUCGAGUUGGAUCCGGGAAGAAUAAACAUGUGAAGCCCUUGUAUAUUCGAGCUUUAAUGGAAGGUCCAUAUCAAGCGAAUGCUUCCCAAAGUCAACGUGUGGCGGGAGAAGUAUCCGUUGCAGCUGGGUCCACAUUUAGCUCGGAGUUAUUAGGAUCAGGCCCUGUUUCCAUGGGAACUGGAUCUGCUAGAACUGGGAUCAGAUCUUCCAGAGACGGAGUUGUUCCAUCGGGGCCUGGCGCUGCUUCCAUGGGAACUGAAUCCGUUGAAGUUGGAAUCGGAUCUUCCAGAGACAGAGCCGUUCCAUCGAGGCCUAGUGCUGCUCCCAUAGGAACUGGAUCCGUUGGAGUUGAAAUCAGACUUGUCAGAACUAGAGCUGUUCCAUCAGGUCCUGGAGUUGCUUCCACGGGGACUAGAUCUAUCGGAGGUGGAAUCGGAUUUUCCAGAGCUGGAGUUGUUCCAUCAGGAACGGGCGCCGCUUCCACUGGAGUUCAAAUUUCUUGA